CCCGACCCCUAUCUGCCCCCAGCAGAUUAUCACGGCUAACUUAUAUGAGGUCUGCCAUUGGACUGUCGAUCCUGACCUUCUCCUUGCCUCUUUGAUGCAGCUUAGGGCCAGAUUUCGACUUCUUUAAGUUAUUUUGCCCGCCAUCGGAGAAUUGCCAAGUGGCCCACUCCCAGCCGAAACUGGUAUCACCUGAUCACUGAUCACUCAAGAUGGUCACCUUGGAUCUACCGACCAUCAACAGCCGAAUUGGAGACUACCAAUUGGCACCGCAUGGCUUGCUUGCUUUGAUUGGUACCCUAAUCAGCAUCACUGUAUUGACCUAUUUAAUCUCGACGGUCCAAGGUUCCAUUACAGUUCGCACCAAACAUCAUGGAAGCCGACCGCCAAAACUUCCGUAUACUAUCCCACUGCUUGGACAUCUUCCUGAGUUCUUAAAGGAUACAUUGAAGUUUCUUGCAAGGGCCACAGCGGAAUAUGGGCCAUCUACUCCAGUCCGGAUUCAGCUUCUGAACCGGCACAUGAGCCUGCUCAAGGGUGCCGAGGCCAUCACUUCCCUUUUUAAAAGCUCAAGAGAUUUGAGUAGCGAGCACUGGCUAGUGCAGGUCUUGGUCAACGCCUUUGGCAUCGAGCCUGCCGAUGCACCCUUCUAUCUGGCCGAUGACACUGGUAUUGCCAACCAACCUGACCCCAGGAGUAAAAUGACGAAUCCAGAACAUCGCAUAUUCCACUUGGUCUUCAAGUCCGUUCACUCUGGUUUAAGCGGAGUGAGCCUUGAUGAGAUGGAAAGACAGCUUGUGCGAAAUCUAUCCUCCCAGAUCCAUCAAACAGAUUUCCAAUCGGACUCGUGGACUGAAGUACCUGAUCUGUACGGCUCGCUUUUUCGCACUAUUGCCUUCAAAGCAGCUGUCGUGUCGCUCUGUGGACCACGUGUUUUUGAAGUCGUCCCUACUUUCGAUGAAGAUUUUUGGACAUUCGAUAGUGCGCUCCCGGAUUUGUUCAAGGAAAAGCCACGAUGGCUUGUGCCGUCUUCGUACGCGGCGAGGGAUAAGAUGAAGGAAAAUGUACAAAAGUGGCAGGCAUUUUCCCACGAGCGAUACGACGUCAAACAAGGCCAACAGGACAAGAGGGAAUGGGAGGAAUUUUUCGGAUCGAGGCUGAUGAGGACCAGACAUGAAUUCUUCCAGAAAAUGCCCUUGAGCAAGGAGACCAUUGCCGCGGACGACCUCGGACUGAUUUGGGCUGCGACUGCAAAUACUGUUCCUGCACUUGGCUGGAUGCUACUGGAGGUUCUCCAGCGUCCAGAACUUUUACAGAGAGUCCGGGAAGAGAUCGCUCCCUACGUAUCCUGGAAUUCAUCAGAUCCGAGCCAAAUGGUCGUCGACAUUCCUAAUCUCUGCAGUCGACCUCUCCUCCAAUCUAUUUACGCCGAAGUCUUACGUCUCCGCUCGGGCACCCUCAUCAACCGAGUCCCUACCUCUAACGACUUCCAUAUUGAUGGGUGGCACUUCAAGAAAGGCGAACAAAUCAUUGUGUCCACCUACGAUACUGCACGCGAUCCAUACGUCUGGAACCAAGGCUCCAUCGACGACCCACACUCCGUGAACGAGUUCUGGCCAGAACGAUUCAUCGUGUACCCGGACAAUCAGGAUAGUGGUCCCGUCCUUCGAAGCGUUGCCCAACAGCAGGCAAAGAACACGCAAAACUUGCCGAUCGCAGAACCAACCUUCACUCUCGACGGCACGGCGGGAUCUUGGGUCCCCUACGGUGGAGGCACUCGAAUGUGUCCCGGACGACAUUUUGCGAAGAAGGAGAUGAUUGUAACGAUGGCGAUGUUCCUGACAGCAUUCGAUAUUGAGUUGUUGCUCGAUGAGAAAUCUGGGAUCCAGCCUGAUUUGGGGUAUUUCAUGUUUGGUGUGAUGCAUCCUAAGGGGAAGAUACCUGCUAGGAUUCGGAGAAGGCGUUUGGAUUGAGGGUUAUGUGUUUAAGCGCCGGGGCGAUUUGUACGAGACAGACUAGAGACUGCGAGUCAAGAAUUAAGCAGGCGCUACUCCACUCCGUUAUCUGGUAUAGCCGAAGUGCAGAAAGCCACAGCUUCAAGCGACAUUUUCACAGCCAUAAUCAUUGCCUAUUCCCCCCAUUAUUUUCAUCGCUUUAUACAGUCAUGGUCACUUUAAUACUAUA